GCCGCCGCCGGAGCGCAUGGAGGGAACGGCCGCCUGGGUGUGCGCCGUUCUUUGCUUUCAUUUUUCUCUCAUCGCGGGGAGCUCCGUCCGCAUUGGAACAGGCAGCAAUUAUUCCAGUCUAUAUCAGCAAACCAUCUUGCCGUGUAAAAAAGAAGAGCUGCAGUGUGGCAACGGGCGUUGCCAUUUCAAUUGGCUGCCGUGCCACUACAAGAAAGAUUGUGGCACGGGCUACAUGUCCAUCCAGAUAACAUGUUCAAACAUUCACUUGAACCAGAGUAGCCCCAUUAGCAAGCUUUCUCACUACACUGAACACAGCAGCGACACGAAUUUGAUGGGCUCUUCCGUUAUGGUGGCUGGCAUGGUGAUUGGCGUGGUGCUGUUCCUCUCCUGCGUGACUAUCUUCAUCGGCAGCCUACGAAAAGAUAGACGGUUGCGACAUCCCCACUUGAGGAGAGAUGCCAGUUAUACUCCAGAUGGCUUCUCAUACGGCGGCUCAGUUGGAGAACUAAGAUCCAGUUGCAUUGAUGAGUUCCCACCAGCGCUGGAUUUCAGUUCUUAUGUGGAGACCCUGUCUCAGGUCAACAUCUUGCAUCCUGACUCCCCUCCACGCUACGACGAGUGUGUAGGGCCAGGAGCAGCCCAAAUUUACAUUCCUACAGAUGACCCUCCGCCGUACUCCCUGACAGACCCUUAUCAAAGGAGCGACAUGGCGAUAAACAUUCCUUCGGGUGAGCAAGUGACUCCUGGGACUACAGAACAGGCUGCUGACUACAGAGUAGGCCCGCAAGACCCUCAGCAGCCUCUCUCCUCCAUUUCCUCAUCGUCGUCGUUUAUAAUGGAGGCAGCCCCUCCGUACGAGACCGUUAUGGGUGAACAAAACAUCCCCAUUCCGUUAGUCCCGCUGGAAGUUGAGAAAAAUUCUGGAGAUGACUAUCAGACUCUUUGCACCAGAAUAAUGUAAAGGGAAAGAGAAGUCUAAAGGGAUUCUUCGAGCUCAAGAAAGGGCAAGAACAUGGAAUGAGAUUAACCCAUCUGUGUACUCCACAAAACUCUUUUCUACUUUUAACAG